CAGGGUCUGACGCCUUCAGCGACAGAGGAGGACGACUGUCUGUCUCUUCAUCCUCUCUUUAACCGUCUGCAAGUAGCUGCAAGAGAUGUCCUACAAACUAAGGAAUGAAGUGCGCACGCUGCGGGCUGCAGAGACGUUGUGCAGUUUUUCCCCAUCACUUUCCAAACCGCUGCAAGAAACCGGAGGCCCUUCUAGAGACUCUGGUGGAAACCUGCCUGGACGGCAGCAGAGGAUGUUCGGGAGAAAAACGAGCGGAGAGCAGUGCGGAUUACGCGGCAGGCGCAGAAUGAAGGCCAACGACCGGGAGCGCCACCGGAUGCACAACCUGAACUCGGCUCUGGACGCGCUGAGGAGCAUCCUGCCGGCGCUGCCCGACGACGCCAAGCUGACCAAAAUAGAGACGCUGCGCUUCGCCCGCAACUACAUCUGGGCUCUGACGGAGACGCUGCACAUGGCGGACCACCACCCUCACACCGCAGCGUCAGAGCUUAGGAGUCCGGGGAGCGUCUCGUCCUUGGAGUGGGACUCAGCAUCACCCGCAGAGUCCUGGAGCGGGACCACUGCUGAUGAACUGAGCUGUAGAACCCUUACAAUAGAUCCACCCAGUUUUAUUCCCAUUACUAUUUAUUUAAGGUCUCUCCACGGGGAAAAUGUUACCAGGAACUCUUGGUGAUAACUGCGAACAUU